AUUAAUCCUACGUCCUCUGCUGCGUUUGUGUAAAGACAGAUAUGAGGUGAAACAUUACACUGCUGUAUAGAGUGUGUGACAGAUGGCACAGCAACCUACACAGACCAGAGGAUUUUAAUUUAAACUCUUGAAACACCGGCAUGAAAGAAAGAAAGAGCGAAAGAUAGAAAGAAAGAUAGAAAGUACAGGAGUGAAGCUCUCAGCUGUGAGUUGUUCUUUCACUCUUGCAUGAAUCAGUUGUUCCUGGCAGGAGCGCUAGUGAGUGGUAGAGAAAGCAUCAAUAGCGACAGAGUCUUGCAUCAGACAGGAACCACGCGCCCUCGAGACGGACCUGCUGCUACAAUUUCUCUGCGUUUAGUGUGAUAUCAUUUUCAGAGUUUGCCCUUAGAGGAGAGUCUCUAUUCUUUCACUACACCAUGGAACUUGAUAAGAUGGUGAACGGGCACUGUGAGAAAAGGAUCGAGGAGGAUGGGUUUGAUGCCCUGGAGAACAUGCCUGAGAGAGAAGAGUUCCUACCCAAGAAGACUGAUGGGAAGAAAAAAGCUGAGUUUACAGAUUUUGUGGGGAAGACGUCAUUUGGGAUGUCCAUCUUCAAUCUCAGUAAUGCCAUCAUGGGCAGCGGCAUUCUGGGUCUAGCAUACGCCAUGUCCAACACUGGCAUUAUCCUCUUUCUAGUUCUAAUCAGCCUCAUUGCUAUUUUGUCUGCGUACUCCAUCCACCUGCUGCUGAAGAGUGCUGGAGUGGUCGGGAUUCGUGCAUAUGAGCAAUUGGGCAACCGUGCGUUUGGAACACCAGGCAAAAUUAUAGCAGCCUGUGUUAUAACCAUUCAUAACAUUGGAGCCAUGUCCAGCUACCUCUUUAUUGUGAAGAUGGAGUUGCCGGCUGUUAUAAUAGGCCUGUUGGACAAAGACACAAAGUCAGAGUGGUAUGUGAAUGGAAGCUAUCUCAUCGUCAUCGUCAGUAUCUGUAUAAUCUUACCGCUUGCCCUCAUGCGCCAUCUUGGGUAUCUUGGCUACACCAGUGGUUUCUCGCUCACAUGCAUGUUUUUCUUCCUCAUAUCUGUAAUCUAUAAGAAGUUUGUCACCGCGUGUACACUGGAACACUCCAGCAUCAGCACCAACACCACCACUUCGCCUCUUCUUGCCACUACACACACCCAUGCUGAUUACACAAACAACACCUGUGAGGCAAAACUGAUCACCCUCACGCCACAGGCUGCGUAUACCAUUCCUAUUCUGGCUUUCGCUUUUGUGUGCCACCCUGAAGUGCUGCCCAUCUACACGGAACUGAAAAAUCCAACUAAGAAGCGCAUGCAGAAUGUGGCUAACAUCUCCAUACUGGCCAUGUUCAUCAUGUACCUACUAACAGCCAUCUUUGGCUACCUCACUUUCUAUGGUAAUGUGAAAGAUGAACUCCUGAAGAGUUACAGCACCAAUGACACAAUGAUGCUGUGUGUGCGCCUGGCAGUGCUGGUGGCUGUCACCCUCACUGUGCCUGUUGUUCUCUUCCCGAUCCGCCGUGCUGUGCAGCAGCUGCUGUUCCCUGAUAAACCUUUCCACUGGGCUCGCCACAUCGGCAUCGCUGUGAUUCUCCUCAUCCUCGUCAACCUACUCGUCAUCUUCGUCCGAGACAUCAGAGAGAUCUUUGGUGUCAUCGGAGCCACAUCAGCACCCAGUCUUAUUUUCAUACUGCCUGGAAUAUUCUACAUCCGCAUCGUACCUGAAGAACAGGAGCCACUGAAAUCUCGGUCAAAGAUCCAGGCAGCCAUGUUUGCAGCUCUGGGCUUCAUCUUCAUGGUGAUGAGCAUUACCUCCAUCAUCAUACAGUGGGUAACUGGGGGUAAUACAGUGGGAGGACACUAACAGACAUGAGGACAGCAGAGCAGUAAGGAUGCACACAGAAGCACACACACUUUCCAUCACUUACCAUCAAACACGUGGACCUCUAAAACCGAGCGUGCUGCAGCCCACGAAAAGACCACGAGACAUCGCUGUAAAACAUGCUCUGUGAAGACUUUACCGAAGACUCAUGUUAUCUUCAUAUAAGAAUCCUAUAAUCUACCACCACUAUAAAUACGGGACCUGAUGCCUGGAUGGAUGGAUGGAUGGAUGGAUGAAUGGAUGGAUGGAUGACAGCAAAAUGGAUGUCAUACAUUCAGGAAUUCUUAUAUUUCAAAGUGUACGCAUUUCAUUCCAGUUUUAUUUCAGUAGCUUAACAUAGGAUUUAUUGGAAUUGUGAGGAGAAACAACACUCUAACAGUGCUCUAACACUGCGACACCCUUACAGUUACCUUUUUUUUUUUUUAACCCAUUUAUGCUCAUACUGGAAUUUUUGUACUGUAUUCUUUGGUCUAAAAGGCUUAUUUUUAAUAGUGAAUAGUGAAUUUUAAACAUGUUUAUUUUAUAAGUUACCCUUCUGGACCGAAGAACAACUUAAAGACCAAAGACAAUUACUAAAGACCAUAUUACAACAAGAAAAUGAAAACUACAUGGUGUUAAAAUAAAAGAUGGAGCCCAAUUGAGUUGAAUUUGGAAAAAAAAGUUAGACUGAAAUAAUAUAGGGGUAGUUUAAAGGUUAAUAAUGUGGGCUUUUGGGGAGAAUUAAAAAAAAAAAAUCUUCUAUAAUAUUAGAGGUAUAAAACAUGAGAGGUAAUAUAAAAUGUAAAAUAUUGGUUACAUAUCAUCUCCAUUGCCAAAGUUGUGAACUAGUGUGUUUUACAUCACAGUGGAAUGUUUGAAGAGCAGAUUGUCAUUAUGCGAGCUGCAUAUUGGCAUCUUCAGAGGUCAUAUUUGUUGAAUCUGCUGAGUGUAUAUAUAUGUUGUAAAUUGUGUAAGAGAACUAAGUGCAAAGAUAAUAAGCGGAUAUUUCUAUGAUGUGUGUGUUUUCAGUACAUCUUGAUGCGCAGAGAGGCUGCAUAUCUCAGAACUGAAUUUAAUUAUUACAGUGCAUGCAGAUUUUACUGACUUUUCUAUUUACACAAAAUUUAGUACGGAAACAGAGGUUACACUAAUUUCUGUAAAUGCCGGUUCUUUACUCACAUUACUCUUGCAGAUUACUCCUACUCAUACUCCUGCUCCUACUCUGUAAAGCAACAUUUCUGUCUUUAUCUGUGGUUAUACUCGUUUUUACUCUAAUGCAUUUUUUAUUUGAGGUCUUCUGACCUAGCUUGUGAGAAAAUGAGUUUUUUACAGUUUCAGUUACCUGUGUAGGUUUUAACAGUGGCCCUGUAACACAGGGAAUGUUGGGUAAUGCUUUAUGUGAAGGACUAUUGACCACAGUAUAAUAUAGUAAGGUAUAUUUCAUCAUUUUCUAUGAUAUACAGUUCAUUUGAAACAUUUAUGAAGCAAUUCUAUUUUCUAUUUUUUGCAUGCAGAAACAAGUCACAUUUCAAUGCCUCGUUACCCCAAAAGUUAAAAUGGGUAACAUCCUGUUUAACAAAUUACGGACAUUAUGACAGCCAAAAUCUGAUUACAGAAUGAACUGAUUAGGUUUACAUUUGAGCUGGAUAACACGGAGCUGCCCAGCCAUUUGAUGAAAGCGUGACAUUCACUGUGCGAGAAAAUCACACUUGGUGAGCAAGGUUUGUUUAGAUGAGAGCAUGUUUAGGCAGAUCGACUUUGUAAACUGGCUCUUACCCAAUAUGAUCUUUGCCGGAAGAAAGCCUAGGCAAGAUUAAAAAAUAAAUAAUACCAGUUGCAUGUCAUUGUGGUGAAGUAUAUUUACUGUUUUGUAAAACUUUUGUAAAAACGAGAAUUCAGAAUUCAGCUGCAGUGAUAUCCAACAGGUUUCUUAAACCUCCAUACAAAUGACUUCUGAGGAAUUACACUCCUGUAAAAAGGUGUGCACUUUUAUUUUGUCACCUUCUGGUUAUUUUAUCAACAGAUGCUGAACAUUCAUUUCCUCAUGCAUGUUUUGUUUCUCUGUAUAACCAGUUCUGAAGUGCUGUGUACUGUAGGUCAUGUGAACAGUAUUGACCCAUUCAACCAGAGUGUUGCCAAAUAUUAUAAUGUCUGGACUAAAAAGAUUUUAUAUAAAUUUUUUUAUAAACCUUUCACAACAUGGACCAAACUUUUAUUGCAUGAAUUUGUGUAAAAAUAUGAAAAUAAAAAUAAGUUAUUUACUUGUAAAUACUUUUCAUGCUGGGUCUGCAUUUUAUAUCUAAACAUUCAAAGUCUAAAAAUAUAUCUAAAUGUAGUUUACCAUCAAACUACAAGAUGAUUUUUUUCAAAAAUUCUACUUGAUUGUUAAAAGUGCCUAAAGCAAAGUCAUUUAUGUGAAUUAAUGUAUAUAUUUACAUUGGGGGAAAAAGAUCUUAUGUGUAAUUAGUUAAUUUGGCGCUUGUCAUUUUCUUCAAUAAAGUUGGACUGAGGUAAAGAA